GUAUUGCUGCUCUUUAGGUUCCCAGACAAGUACCUCGGGCUGCAACUUCUCAAAAGUGCGUUCGCACAAAUGAUGUGGAGAAUGUUGGACGAACAUCCCGACAUCAAACAUUCUUUGAGAUGCUUGGAAACUUCAGUUUUGGUGAUUACUUCAAGAAAGAAGCAAUUAAAUGGGCAUGGGAGCUUUCAACUAAGGAAUUUGGGCUAGCAGCUGACAGAUUAUGGGUCAGUGUUUAUAAAGAUGAUGAUGAAGCCUUUGAAAUUUGGCAUAAUGAGGUCGGUGUACCCACUGAGCGUAUAAAGAAGAUGGGUGAAGAAGACAACUUUUGGACCAGUGGUAUUACUGGCCCUUGUGGUCCAUGCUCGGAGCUCUAUUAUGAUUUUCAUCCUGAAAGGGGAUUUCUGGAUGUGGAUCUUGGAGACGAUACUAGGUUUAUUGAGUUCUACAAUCUAGUUUUCAUGCAGUACAAUAAAAUGGAUGAUGGAUCACUGGAAUCCUUAAAACAAAAGAAUAUAGAUACUGGUCUUGGCCUGGAGCGUCUGGCUCGCAUCCUUCAGAAGGUUCCAAAUAAUUAUGAGACUGACUUGAUUUAUCCUAUUAUUGAGAAGGUCUCUGAAUUGGCUAAUUUAUCAUAUGCUCUAGCUGAUGAUCAAACAAAAACGAAACUCAAAAUUAUAGGAGAUCAUUUGCGUGCAAUUGUAUUUCUCAUAUCGGAUGGAGUACUUCCAUCAAAUAUUGGUAGAGGCUAUGUGGUCCGCCGGCUUAUUAGAAGGGUUGUUCGCACUGGCAGGUUACUCGGUAUAAAGGGGGAUGGUAAAGGUAAUCUAGAUGGAGCAUUUAUUCCGGCCAUUGCAGAGAAAGUAAUAGAACUGAGCGUCCAUAUUGAUUCAGAUGUAAAGGCUAGAGCAUCCCGUAUACUCGAGGAGUUACAAAGAGAAGAAUUUCGCUUUGUGCAGACGCUGGAGAGAGGAGAGAAGUUGCUUGACCAAAUGCUAGAAGAUGCAUUAUCAAGUGGACAGAAAAAAGGAGUCAUACCUUGCUUAUCUGGGAAAGAUGUAUUUCUUUUGUACGACACGUAUGGAUUUCCAGUUGAGAUAACAACAGAAGUUGCUGAAGAGCAUGGUGUUAAAAUAGAUAUGGAUGGUUUUGAUAUUGAGAUGGAAAAACAAAGGCGCCAAUCUCAGGCUGCGCACAAUGUUAUUAAACUUACAGUUGAAGAUGGAGGAGAUCUUUCUGAAAAUGUUUCUGAUACUGAAUUUUUAGGGUAUGACACCCUUUCUGCGAGAGCAGUCAUUGAUAGUCUCUUGGUAAAUGGGAAGCCAGUGAUUCAAGUUCCUGAAGGAAGUGAAGUAGAAAUCUUGUUGAACAAGACACCAUUUUAUGCUGAAUCCGGUGGUCAAAUUGGCGAUCAUGGUUUUCUAUAUGUUACUGAAGGUGAAAGCAAACCUAGAGCUAUUGUAGAAAUAAAAGAUGUUCAAAAAUCUCUUGGGAAUGUAUUUGUUCAUAAGGGCACUAUAAGAGAGGGACUCCUAGAGGUUGGCAGAGAAGUAGAAGCUGCGGUUGAUCCGAAAUUGAGACAGCGAGCAAAGGUUCAUCAUACUGCUACUCAUUUGUUGCAAUCUGCACUCAAGAAAGUUAUUGGCCAAGAAACAUCACAAGCAGGUUCGCUGGUGGCUUUUGAUCGUCUCAGGUUUGAUUUCAACUUUCAUCGACCACUUCUUGAUACUGAGCUGGAGGAAAUUGAAGCAUUGAUAAAUGGAUGGAUUGGGGAUGCAACCCUUCUUCAAACGAAGGUGAUGUCCAUUACUGAUGCUAAAAAUGCAGGGGCUAUUGCAAUGUUUGGAGAAAAAUAUGGAGAGCAGGUACGAGUUGUAGAGGUUCCAGGUGUAUCAAUGGAACUUUGUGGUGGAACCCAUGUUAGCAACACUUCUGAAAUACGUGCUUUCAAAAUAAUCUCGGAGCAGGGAAUUGCAUCAGGAAUCAGGCGCAUUGAAGCUGUGGCUGGUGAAGCUUUCAUUGAAUACAUAAAUGCAAGAGAUUCCCAGAUAACACGUCUGUGCUCCACUCUCAAGGUGAAAGCUGAAGAGGUGACAACCAGGGUCGAAAAUCUCUUAGAGGAGUUACGAAUUGCAAGAAAUGAAGUUUCAGCUAUGCGUUCAAAAGCAGCAGUGUACAAAGCAUCAACUAUGGCAAGCAAGGCAGUUUCAGUAGGAACUUCAAAAUCAAUUAGGGUACUUGUCGAGUCCAUGGAUGACAUUGAUGCUGAUUCACUCAAGAGUGCAGCUGAGUACCUGAUCGAUGCACUAGGAGAUCCAGCAGCUGUAGUCUUGGGCUCCUAUCCAGAUGAAGGGAAGGUGAGCUUAGUUGCUGCAUUCACUCCAGGGGUGGUCAAUUUGGGAGUCCAGGCAGGAAAAUUUAUAGGGCCUAUAGCAAAGUUGUGCGGUGGGGGAGGUGGUGGCAGGCCUAAUUUUGCUCAAGCAGGGGGGAGGAAACCUGAGAAUUUACCAAGUGCACUGGAGAAAGCUCAUGCAGAUCUCCUGUCAAUUCUAACUGAAAAGGCUUCUUAGUAGCAUGAGAAGUAAGUGUGUGUUCCUUCAAGGAGUAGUGGGAUUGGAAUAUAUGAUUAAGGCAUGCUGGCUUAAGUUGCAAGCGAAGAAAGGAAGUAGAAAAGUGAUCCACUUUACGCAUGUUAUUAUGGCUUGGAUUCAUUGGUUAAGCAUGUCUAUAUUAAUUGCCACUCUUAUGAACUUCUCAUGUAAUGCGUUUUUCUCUUCCCACCCCCACUUCCCAAAUCUGCCAUUUGAUCCUAAUAAAUGUGUCAUUUCAUA